UAAAGGCCGCUGAGUGUUUGCAGUUGUGGCAAAAAAAUUCGCCGCGUUUGUAAUGCGGUGCCUUCCUCUGUGGAUCAGUGAUUUUGUAUAGGAGAAGACCUUUGCUGUGGCGUUUAAUUGUAUUAUAUACGAACCUUUUCAUAGAUUAUUUCGUUUGGAGAAAUCAGCUUUAGGAAUGGUUGUGUGAGCCGUUUGGUAGGGUUUGUGUUGCUGAUAUCAGAAUGGUUGGAAUGGAGAGUUGCGGUUGCACAGUUGCUUGGUGGAUUUGUUUCGUGACCUAGGAAGGACUUUGCGGGAUUCUACAGGAAGUCGCUUCGCACGUGGAAUUGGAUGACUUGAGCCUCUCUGUCACAGGAGAGAAAGAGCUUGAACUCGUUGUUUUUUGUUGAUACUCUGGCGAAAGGAGGACAUGACUCUGUGAUGGAUGUUGAGGAUAGGGAGAUCGCAAAAUGUGGUUUAGAUUUUGUACGAGAUUAGUGGAGGAUCUUGAUGUUUUUGAAGGUGUGCGGCGAUUUCGACGUUUUUUUAUGUUUGGAUUGCGGACGGGUGUGCCAUGUGUCUGCAUGGAUUCCAGUAAUGUGAUUAUUGAAAGGCAGCGAAUCGGCCCUGGUCAUGAAUCUUCGAAGCGGUGAUUGACCAGCGGACACCGCGAUGCAUUCUGGUUAAUGAUAUCAAUGCGAAUUUCUACAAAAAUCUCAAUACUUUAUCUCGUAUUUAAACGUGCGCUGAUUCUUUACACAUUUGCAUGAAUGAUACUCUUGAAACGAUGAUUUCUUCGUGAGGAUAUUCAGGUUAUCAGUUUGAUCGAUCUUUUGACGUUGAAAAGCACAAGUCCAUGUCUUGAAAUUGAAUGCGACUAGUGAAGCUUCGAUUGGGAAUGUGAGGCUUAGGUGUUUGAUAAAGUCGCGAGAAUGGUGAUUUGCUUCAUCGUUUGAAGGUUUGGAAAUAUCAUGAUCAUAACAUGCUUGAAUUUUCAUGAGAGUGGCCAUGCUCGAGAGAGGAUGGGGACAGGCAGCGAGUGUUUUUGGGAGGUUUUAGAUAUUACGGAUAAAAUCAGGCAUGUGGUAAUUGAUAUACAAGUGUUUUGAGUGGUGAAUCUUUGCAGAUUGUUGAGAUUAAGUGAUUAGAAAACAGGGUGUAAAUUAAGGUGCAUAGGAGGAAAAAAGUGGUAGGGGUAAAUGUCAGGGCAAACGCAGCGACUAAAUGUUGCUCCGACCAUCACCAUGAUGGGAGUGGUGAAGACUCGGCUAAUGGGCGCCACCAAGGGACACCAGAUGUUGAAAAGGAAAAGUGAUGCCCUUACCCUGCAGUUCCGGCAAAUAAUGAAGCGCAUUGUGGAAACUAAGCAAUCUAUGAGAGAUCUCAUGAAAGCUUCCAUGUUUUCAUUGACGGAAGUCAAAUGUGCAUCCGGAGACAAUAUCAAGCAUGUGAUCUUCGAGAAUGUAGGGAAGUCAACAAUCAAGGUAGAGACCAGGGAACAAAACAUUGCAGGAGUGAAGAUCCCACAAUUUGAGUCUUUGGCCGAGACAGGAGAGUUAAAAAUUAAUCUGACAGGUUUGGCCCAGGGAGGGCAGCAGUUCCGGAUCUGCAGAACUGUGUUCCUGAAGCUGCUUGAAGUUCUAGUGGAGCUGGCGUCGUUGCAAUCGUCUUUCCUGACAUUAGAUGAGGUAAUCAAGACGACAAACCGUAGGGUUAAUGCGCUGAAGAACGUUGUGAAGCCAAAACUAGAGAACACAAUCGUAUAUAUCAGAGCAGAGCUUGAUGAAUUGGAAAGGGAGGAAUUUUUUAGGUUGAAGAAGGUUCAAGCGUUCAAGAAAAAAGAGGUGGAGGAGAAACUCGUAAAGAACAAGUCCUUGGAAGAGCAGAUGGCUAUGGCAACCUCGACCCCUCUAUCAAGUGAUAAUCCGAGUUCACCUGGUCGAGGUCGUAUUGGCAUCAGUCUGCAGACUUCAACAACUGCUCCAACCUUCCCCACUCUGCGCCCUCCCGUAUCCAUCGCCCCGAAUUUUCCUCCCUAUGUUCACACAAGAUCAUCCAAUUUUCAACCCAUGGAUACUCCAUCUCCACAACCUCGUCCCCAACCUCCAUCCUCAAACCCUCCUCCAACUGCAUCCAUCGGCUCUCAUGAUCCUUAUAGAAUCACAACCUCUUCUCCCUUGAUUAUGUCUACAAGUAAUCGUCUUCCUGUGAUACUUCCCAUGUCCGAUUUACUUAGUCCACUACCUUCUGUAUCCACAACCUCUCCUCCAUCUGCAUCCACAAGCCCUUCCCUAACUACGUGGACAAAUAAUCCUCCUCCCAUAACCGUAUUCUCGUCAUUCUGUCCUCCGAACACAACCCCAAGUCCUGACCCGUCAAUGAUUCUCACUAGCCAUUCUUCCUUGCCUGUAUCCACUAAGAGUCCUCCCAUGCCUCUGGACGAAUCCACAUUAUUCAGUCUUCCAUCUGCUUCCAGAACCCCUCUUCCAUUAGCAAUGCCUGUACGUAGUCCCCUGCCCUUGAGCGUAUCCUCAAACAUUUCUUUCAUGGACAUGCCAACUAUUAGUGUUCCUCCUAUGGUGACAUCUUCGAUAUCCAACUCACCCAGUCCUCAGAACUCUUAUUGCAGUCCUCAUUCCUCCGUAUCUAUCAGCAGCAACCGGUCGUCCUUGGCGAGGUCAGGAGUGCCACACGGAGCUGAUGAAGUCUGGGAUCCCGAUCCAGACAUUGUUUUCUACUGAGCUGGGAAGGGAUGUCAUCUGAGGGUCCUCUUGCUCUGGUUGGUGACCCUCGAUUAAAUGACGGUGGUCAUACCAGUUAUCAAAAUAUCAGUGAAUUUUGUACAGAAAUGUACAAUUUGACUCUAAUGCCUCUCUUGGCUGCGGCCUCAUGAAGGAUUCACUGAAGGACACAACGUCUUUGCACGCUAAUAAAGAACCUCUCAUGGUUCUAACCCAAUGUAGAUCGCUGGUAUGGACCUCUUGUGGGUCCCAGUUGUUCAAGUCAACAGGCCCUUUGAAGGUAAGCAGCGUCUCUUUCUUUUCUCUAUUUUCCUUUCUGUCUUAAUAUUAAGGAAAAUAGACAAGAGAGGGACAAAGAAUAAGGAGAAAGAAAGUGAUGAAAAAAUUGCAAUUUGGAUAAGAAUUUUGUAUUUGAAAUUUUCUUUUUUUAAAGAAGAGAUACAUUUAAUGAUCGUACUGAGAUUCUUUGUAAGUUUUAGAGUUGAAUAAUGAAUUUCAAAUUUGAUGUAUUGUUUUAAUUGAAAUAAAUCGUGUUUUAAAUGGAAUAUAAGGAAGGCUAAGAAAUUUAAAGUAAUGUAGGAAAGCUUUUACAAUUAAAAAUUUCAAUUCAUUAAAACUUCAGAGUACAAAGUGUUCACUACUAUAAUGAAAUUUUGAUUAGAUGUUUGAAACAGAAUUCAUAUUUAAUUUGUGAUUUGAGUUUAAAUUUUAAUUGAGAUUUUCAAUCAUAAAUUAUCUAACAGAAAAAAUAGUAAAGAAAUGAAUUUUCAACUUUAUGAAUAUAUUGUGUACUUGAAAAAAAAUAAAAAUAAAAAUAAAAAAUUGUACUUA